AUGCAGGAGGAUAUGGAGUAUGAUGCCCUAACCAUUCGGGCCCCUCAGCCGUCUCGCUGGUAUACCCGCCUGUGGCCCGCAUGCCUGGGUCAUGGGUGCUUGAGUCGAAGACAGCAGCGAUUUCCUUUGUACCUAAUUGGGUACGAUCCCGUGGGCCGAUUACAAAGGGCGGCCAGUGUGGGUGAUGUCAAAUUAGUCGAGAGAUUGAUCAAUGCCAGUGAACACCAUGUUAAUGAGUGCGACAGGAGGGGCAGGAGUCCACUGCACUACGCCUCUGCCCAUAAUCAUCCUAAUGUAGUAACAUUGCUAUCAUCCAACAACUCUACCGAUAUUAAUAUGAAGGAUGAUGAAGGCUGCACUCCCCUAAUUAAGGCCGCCCAGCGGGACAAUGUAGAAUGCAUCUCUAUUCUACUCAGGCACGGGGCUGAUCCCCACAUUGUAGAUGCCAAUGGCGAUGCUGCCCUCCACCACGCCAUUUGCAGAGGGAACAUACCAGUUGUCAGCAAACUGCUGGAGUAUAAUGUAGAUAUUAAAGCCAAAACAGAGUACGGGUUGACACCCUAUAAACUCGCUUUGUUUGAAAAUCAACUUAAAAUGGCGGAGUUUUUAAUUGAGAACGGUGCAGUUGCACCUUCAGAGCUUACACCAAAUAGUGGAGGAGCAGCUGCAGUGGAAUCAGAACAAUCAAUGAAAACCUGUGCCAACUCCAACAAAGAAGAAAAUUUCAGCACUGAUAUAAAGCCUUCUUGCAGUGCAGUAAGACCAGCAAGACAGCUAAAAUCCCUAUUGAAGAAGUCUUUCCUGAUUAAGAGAGGUAGUCGAAGACUAAAAGACGAGGUCUCACUCAGUGAAGGAACAAUGACAAGAGAGCCAGAGCAGAGAAAGAAAAAGUGUGUCACCUUCAACAAAGAAGUACAUUACAAUACCAAUAAGAAGGCUUUUUGCAGCGGCAUAUGACCACCUGGAGAGCUGAAACCAAUACUUAAGAAGUCUCUUCAGAUCAGUGGAGAUAAUGGAAGAAAUCAAGACCAAAUCCCACUCAGGCUCUCUGAAAACCCUCAUGUUACAACAGAGGACACGGCCACCACCUCUGCUAUUAAGGAGGAUAUUGACAACUCUUCCUCCAGGUACACGAUAAUAGAGAAACAACUUUUGUAUUCCAAGAAGAUCGCUGCAAUGAAGAAGCGGGACCAAGCAGGUCUUAGCAAAUCAAAAUCAAUGAUAGACCUAAGUACUCUCGGAGAGGCACUGCCUGAGU